CACUUCUUUGUUCUUUCCUUCUUCCCUCCCCAAGAAACUAAUGGAAAGAGAACCAUUAAUAAAACUAUCAAUAAUUCCUCUAAAAUACGCACAUCCCUUUCUGCUAUUCCCUCUACCUGCUACAUUUUGGCGCAUUUUAGCUUAACCCCACAAACCCUAGCUCUUCAUCUUCUUCUUCCUUUCACCUUUUAUGCUUAAUCCCGCCCUUUUCUUAACUGGCUAUCAUUAACUUCUCUUUUACUCGCUUCAGUACUCCUUUUCUCUUAUAUAAACAUUUCUUUUUUUCUUUUUUGUUUUUUCUAGUUGAGGUUGCAGAGAGAGUUGAGUUUUAUCAUAAUAAUGUUAUUUUGAGGUUCAGAUCUGGAGAGAUUAAGGGUUGUUUCAAACAAUGUCUCUUCUUUUCUUGGAUUCUUUUUGACCUUUUUUAAACUACAAUAAAACCCUUUUACUGCUUUACUUCAAUUCAUUCUUCAAGGGAGUUUUUGUAGAGAGAGAGAGAGAGAGAGAAAGAUCAAGUGGAAAUGUUGGCGAUUGGGAGUCCUUGCAGUGUCCGUACCACCUCUAGUUGUAAUGCUUUACUCAGAGAGCUUCAGCAAAUAUGGAGUGACAUCGGCGAGAGUGAAGCGGAAAAAGACCGCAUGCUGAUGGAGUUGGAGAGGGAGUGCUUAGAAGUUUACCGAAGAAAGGUCGAGGAAGCUGCCAAUGCCAAGGCACGUCUUCAUCAGACUGUUGCAGCGAAGGAAGCUGAGCUUGCAACACUCAUGGCUUCUCUUGGGGAACUUAAUACUCACUCAACGAUUCAGACAGAGAAGAGGUCAACAUCAUUAAAAGAAAAACUUGCUUCUGUUACACCUCUGGUAGAUGAUCUUAGAAUAAAGAAAGAAGAACGUAUGAAGCAAUUUUCGGAUAUAAAGGCACAAAUUGAAAGGAUUAGUGGGGAGAUUUCUGGGUAUGACCAUUUGAACAGUUCUCUGAUCAAUUUAUCUCUGGAAGAAGAAGACUUGUCUGUAAGAAGGCUUACUGACUACCAAACACAUCUUCGCACUCUUCAAAAGGAAAAGUCUGACCGGCUGAAUAAGGUGUUGGAAUAUGUGAAUGAGGUGCAUUCUCUCUGUGGUAUGCUUGGGUUGGAUUUUGGCCAGACAGUGAGCGAUGUGCAUCCAAGCUUGCAUGGUACUGGCAUGGGGCAUUCCACAAAUAUCUGCAAUAGCACAUUGGAAGGCUUAGAGCAGGCCAUUGUCAAAUUAAAAGCCGAAAGAAAGUUCCGAAUACAGAAGCUGAAAAGUAUUUUGGCAUCACUCUUUGAUCUUUGGAACUUGAUGGACUCGCCAAAAGAAGAGAAGAACAGCUUUUCAAAGAUUACAUCUGUUCUUAGAUUAUCAGAAUCUGAAGUUACAGAAUCGGGUAUUCUAUCAACUGAGAUUAUCGAAGAGGCUUCUGCAGAAGUGGAUAGGCUUACUAAAUUGAAAGCAACUCGAAUGAAAGAACUGGUUAUGAAAAAGAGGUCAGAAUUGGAGGAAAUAUGCAGAAUGACUCACAUUGAACCUGAUACCAGCACAGCUGCUGAGAAAUCCAGUGCUUUGAUAGAUUCUGGUCUAGUGGAUCCUUCUGAACUUCUGGCCAACAUUGAAGCACAGAUCAGCAAAGUUAAAGAUGAAGCACUAAGCCGAAAAGAUAUAAUGGAUAGGAUAGACCGAUGGCUUUCAGCAUGUGAAGAGGAAAAAUGGCUGGAAGAAUAUAAUCAAGAUGAUAACAGAUAUAAUGCCGGGAGAGGUGCGCACAUUAAUCUGAAACGUGCAGAGCGAGCUCGAGUAACUGUGACCAAAAUUCCAGCAAUUGUUGACAAUCUGAUAAACAGAACACUAGCCUGGGAAGAAGAGAAAAAGAUUUACUUUCUUUAUGAUGGAGUAAGGUUAGUGUCAAUACUUGAUGAUUACAAGCUGGCAAGACAACAGAGGGAAGAAGAGAAGAGAAGAUUCAGGGACCAAAAGAAGCUCCAAGAUCUCCUCAUGACAGAGAAGGAAGCCAUCUAUGGGUCUAAACCUAGUCCUAGAAAAACUAGCAGCUUUAGGAAGCCAAAUGGAUAUCGUGCAAAUGGAAAUGGAUCAAUGACUCCCACACCUCGUCGCAUCUCUAUUGGCAGCGGAACUCCUGAGCUCCUCACUCCUCGAUCAUACUCAGGGCGUCAAAAUGGACAUUUCAAGGAAGUGCGAAGGCUGUCAACUGCUCCACUGAACUUUGUGGCCAUAUCAAAAGAAGAUACAAUGUCAACAUACACAUCUGUUUGUGGUUCUGAGCUAGGCUCUCCACAUGGUUGAAUCCAGAUUCCUGGAAAUGGAACACAGUCGACCAUUAAAAUUCAACAACUGUACACUCAAUUAGAUCAGUGGGAGCUUGUGAAUACGGAAAGGAUUUUACACUGUGUAUGAUUGUGAAUUGUAGAAGUACUUGGAGAGAAGGGGUAACUGACAUUUGAAGACAUGCAUUUAGAUGUAAUUUGGUUUGAGGAUAAGAGCAAAUAGAUAAUAGUUUGGAACUACUGCUGUUGCUGCUUGAGAGUUGAAAUAGAAGUGCUAUAGUAGUGCUGACCUUGUAUUCUACUAUUGAUUUUGAUUGUGUUUUUGCAUGCCCCAUGUAAAUAAAUCUUAUAUUCCAGAGUGAUUGCUUCAUUUGAUGUAGUAGGAAGUUUGGAAAUGUAUUUGUAGGGUUCUGAUGCUGUGCUGUAUCACACAAAUAAAAUGGAUGUCUGCCAUUCUUGGUAUUUAUUUUUUCA